GCCUGCUGGAGGAGGAGGAUGACGAGGAGGGCGACGUUUGCCGCAUCUGCCUGGUCGUGGGCGGCUGCCCCCUCAACCCACUGCUGGAGCCCUGCAGGUGUGUGGGCAGCCUGCAGUUCGUGCACCACGACUGCCUCAAGAAGUGGCUGCAGGCCAAGGUCAUGUCAGGGGCCUCUCUCGAUGCCGUCACCACCUGUGAGCUCUGCAAACACAACCUCAAGCUGGACUUUGACAACUUUGACGUUCACGAGUUUCACCGCAAGCAGGCCGCCACCCAGGUAGAGGAGCAGAUGAAUAACUCCAGCCUGUACAUGGCCGUUCUCCUUCACCUCUACGAGCAGCGCUUCACUGAGCUCAUGCGGCUGCUGGGCGGCAGCAGCACCGGCUUCCAGUUUCCCAGGGCCGACUCGCAGACCGGAGAAGACGCCAGCGACACUCAAAAUAGCGACUCGGAGGAGGAGGAGGCGCAGGAGGAGGAGGAGGAGGAGGGUGGUGAGCUGCGGACCCACCGUACCCUCUCACACCGGGGCAGGCUGCUGACGUUUCAGUCCAGGGACACGUAAUGGAGGAGGCUGGCCUGCUAGAGUACUGUAUGGACCAUGCGCUAUGCAAUCCACUGUUUUCUUUUGAUAAAGUGCCUCGCAGGAGGUGUGGAACCUUUCCGGAG